AUGGCCGCUCGACACUCGCGCAAGCUCCUGAGACCUCUCCUCUACACAUCAGCGGCAGCCGCUGCAGGAGCUGGUGUUCUCUAUAUUUCUUACCGUCCACGCAAUAUCCCCGGUCUCGAGGGCCCCGCCGUUCCCCCGCCAGGUUACCGUGAAGGCAAACUGGUCCCGCCCAGUUUCCCUUUAAUUAAGUCCCGCCUCGAACAGAUUCAGGAUCUUAAGCGCAGUAACGAGGAGGAGGAAUAUGAUUUGCUCGUCAUUGGUGGCGGUGCCACAGGAUCUGGUAUCGCACUAGAUGCUGCCACCCGAGGCCUCAAGGUCGCCGUGGUGGAGAGAGAUGAUUUCAGCUCGGGUACUAGUAGUAAGAGUACCAAGCUGGUACAUGGCGGUGUCCGUUAUCUCGAAAAGGCCGUGUGGGAAUUGGAUUACAAUCAAUAUGCACUGGUCAAGGAAGCUCUCAGAGAACGCAAAUAUUUCUUGAACACGGCGCCUCAUCUCUCAUCAUGGCUGCCAAUUAUGGUGCCUGUUCAGAAAUGGUGGCAGGCUCCCUAUUUCUGGGCGGGCACCAAAGCUUAUGACUUCCUGGCUGGUUCCGAGGGCAUCGAAACCUCCUACUUCUUGACCAAGAGCAAGGCCAUUGACGCGUUCCCCAUGCUGAAGCGCGACAACAUUAUUGGAGCAAUGGUUUACUACGACGGUGCACACAACGAUUCCCGCAUGAACGUAUCCCUCGCUAUGACUGCUGCGCUCUACGGAACUACUGUCGUGAACCACUUGGAAGUCACUGGGCUGAACAAGGACGCGUCCGGCAAGCUGUGCGGUGCGCGCGCCAAGGACAUCGUCACAGAGAAGGAUGGCAAGGUUUCCCAAGAGUUCAAUAUUCGCGCCAAGGGUAUUAUCAACGCCACCGGUCCCUUCUCUGAUUCUAUCCGAAAGAUGGAUGAGCCUGAUGUCAAGGAGAUUGUUGCCCCCAGUGCCGGUGUCCACAUUAUCCUGCCUGGCUACUUCAGCCCCUCAAAUAUGGGUCUGAUUGACCCUUCGACUUCGGACGGACGUGUGAUCUUCUUCCUGCCAUGGCAGGGUAACACCAUUGCUGGUACCACGGACCAACCUUGUGAAAUUGAGGCUCAGCCCCAGCCAACCGAGAAGGAUAUCAACUGGAUUCUCUCGGAGAUCCGUGGCUACAUCGCGCCAGAUAUCACCGUUGAUCGAAGCGAUGUCCUUGCUGCUUGGUCCGGUAUUCGGCCCUUGGUGCGCGAUCCCAAAGUGAAGAACUCCGAGGCUCUGGUCCGCAACCACCUGGUGACCGUCUCUCAGUCUGGACUGUUGACAUGCGCCGGUGGCAAGUGGACUACUUACCGCCAGAUGGCCGAGGAAGCCGUCGAUGAGGCGAUCGACGUGUUCAAACUCAAACCCCGCCACUUGACUAGCCUUCCGGAUAUCAGUGGUGUCGGUGGCAGUGGACUGGUGGCUGAUGGUGCCGCUCUCGACGGCACCUGCCAGACUCACCAGGUUCGCCUCAUUGGUGCCCACGGUUUCUCCAAGACCCUUUUCAUCAACCUUAUCCAGCACUUUGGUCUUGAGACCGACGUGGCCAAGCACCUCACAGAGUCAUACGGUGACAGAUCAUGGCAAGUCGCUGCUCUGUCCUCCCCCACCAGCGAACGUUUCCCUGUGCGCGGGUGUCGCAUUUCCCCCAUGUACCCCUUCAUUGAUGGCGAAGUUCGCUAUGCCGUCCGCCACGAGUACGCUCAGACUGCCGUUGAUGUGAUUGCCCGUCGCACCCGUCUGGCGUUCCUGAACGCCGAGGCGGCUCUCGAAUCCCUUCCCAGUGUCAUUGAUCUCAUGGGUGAGGAAUUGGAGUGGACCACCGCUCGCAAAGAUCUCGAGUGGAAGGAUUCCUUGACUUAUCUGUCAUCCAUGGGUCUACCCAAGAGUUUCAUGGGUCUUUCACGCCAUGAUGUCCAGAACGGUCGUGUCAAGCAUGUCGAUGAUAGCGAGCGUGCGACAUUCUCCCGAAAUGAACCUCCUGCGGACAUGAUCGAGAGUGACGUGCGUGCCAGUACUCCAUCUCCCGAGGCAGUCGCAGCCAAAUAA